AGAGAGAGAGUGUAAAUUCAGACAAACAAACAGGCAGAGAGAGAGAGAGUCACAUGGCAUGUGAGCAAUCCCUGUGUCCAGUCCCUCCACUUGAUAAAUACCCUUCUUACCUUCCUUAUUCCGACUUUUGACUCUCUCUCUCUCUCUCUCUAAACCAGCAGGUAUAGCUUCUGAGCUCUCUCUAAUGGCAGACCUGAGAACAUAAAACCAAAACCACUUCUUUUAGCACCUCAAAACUGCACUUACAAAAUGAAACUCCACAAAGCUAUUUCACAGCACCACACUCACUUCUCCUUCCCCUUCCUUCUCCUUCUUCUUCACUUACUCUUUCUCCAAGCCUUCUCUGCAUCACGCCCAGCAUCCUCAUCUUCUUCGUCUUCUGCUCACAGAGACACCCAGAAGCUCCUCGACUUCAAAGACUCUCUUCCAAGCCCAACCCUUCUCCCCACCUGGCUCCCCAACCAAAACCCAUGUGCCUUUAAUGGUAUUUCCUGCAAGCAAACCGGGGUUUCCUCCAUAGACCUCAGCGGUACCGCCUUAAACACCAAUCUCACCCUUGUCUCCACUUUCUUGAUGACACUUGAUUCUCUUGAAUCUCUCACUCUAAAAUCAACUUCUCUCUCUGGCUCCAUCUCUUUCCCUCCUAAAUCCAAGUGCAGCCCUCUCCUCACCACCAUAGAUCUAGCUGAGAACUCCUUGUCAGGCCCAAUAUCUGAUGUCUCCAGCUUGGGUGCUUGCUCUGCCUUGAAGUUUCUCAAUCUCUCUUCAAACUCUCUUGAUUUCUUCACGGACUCCACUGGGUUCAGGCUCAGCCUCCAGGUUCUUGAUCUUUCAUACAACAAGAUUUCUGGCCCAAACGUGGUCCCUUUGAUAUUAUCCAACGGUUGUGGUGACUUGCAGCAACUGGUUUUGAAAGGGAACAAGAUAUCAGGGGAGAUGAGCAGUGUUUCUAGCUGCAAGAAAUUGGAGCACUUAGACUUGUCCUCCAACAAUUUCUCUGUUUCCGUUCCUUCUUUUGGUGAUUGCUUGGCUUUGGACCACCUUGACAUCUCUGGAAACAAGUUUUCAGGCGACAUUGGGCGUGCUAUAUCUGCCUGCAGCCAGCUCACUUUCUUGAACCUCUCCGUCAACCACUUCUAUGGUCAAGUUCCAGACAUGCCCACAAAGAAGUUGAAGUUUCUUUCACUUGCAGGAAAUGGGUUUCAAGGUACAUUUCCUAUGAACUUAUUGGAUACUUGUGCAGAGCUUGUGGAGCUCGAUCUUUCGUCCAAUAGCCUUACCGGUACGGUUCCUGAUGCUUUGACCUCUUGUACUUUGUUGGAGUCCUUGGACUUGUCAAGAAAUAAUUUAGCUGGUGAAUUGCCUAUUGAGAUUUUGAUGAAGCUUAGCAACUUAAAGGCUGUGUCUCUUUCUUUGAACAAUUUUUUUGGUCGUCUGCCUGAUUCUCUGUCCAAGCUUGCAACUUUGGAGAGUUUGGAUCUCAGUUCCAACAAUUUGUCUGGGCCAAUUCCUGUUGGGCUCUGUGGAGAUCCCAGGAACAGCUGGAAGGAGUUGUACCUUCAGAACAAUCUGUUCAUUGGUACUAUUCCUCCAACUCUGAGCAACUGUUCUCAGCUGGUUUCUCUUGAUUUGAGCUUCAAUUACCUCACGGGCACCAUCCCUUCAAGCUUGGGGUCUCUGUCGAACCUUCGCGAUUUGAUCAUUUGGUUGAAUAAGCUUAGUGGGGAAAUCCCACAAGAGCUAACGAACCUUGGGUCACUUGAGAAUCUUAUUCUAGACUUCAAUGAGCUGACUGGGUCCCUUCCUGUUGGGCUAAGCAACUGCACCAGUUUGAAUUGGAUUUCAUUGUCAAACAACAAGUUGAGCGGUGAGAUUCCUGGGUGGAUUGGGAAGCUUACAAAACUUGCAAUACUCAAACUCAGUAACAACUCAUUCUAUGGAAACAUUCCUCCGGAGCUCGGUGACUGUAAAAGCUUGAUAUGGUUGGAUCUCAAUACCAACUUCUUGAAUGGUACAAUCCCGCCUGCGCUUUUCAAACAGUCUGGCAACAUUGCAGUGAAUUUUAUUGUUUCCAAAACGUACGCAUAUAUCAAGAAUGAUGGUAGCAAAGAGUGCCAUGGAGCAGGGAAUUUGCUCGAGUUUGCGGGGAUCAGUGACGGGCAACUGAACAGGAUUUCGGCAAGAAAUCCUUGCAACUUCACUAGAGUGUACAGAGGUAUGAUCCAACCAACGUUUAACCACAAUGGGUCUAUGAUUUUUCUUGAUCUUUCACAUAAUUUGUUAUCCGGUAGCAUUCCCAAAGAGAUCGGGAAGAUGUACUAUCUCUAUAUUUUGAAUUUGGGCCAUAACAACAUAUCUGGUUCAAUCCCAGAAGAGCUUGGAAAAUUGAGAAGCGUUAACAUUCUUGAUCUCUCUAGCAAUAUUCUUGAGGGAACUAUUCCACAGGCUCUGACUGGCCUUUCCUUGCUCAUGGAGAUUGAUCUAUCAAACAACCGUUUAUCUGGAAUGAUUCCAGAGUCGGGUCAAUUUGAGACAUUCCCUGCCUACAGAUUCAUCAACAAUUCAGGCCUCUGUGGCUACCCUUUAUCUCCAUGUGGCGGAGCUUCUGGGCCAAAUGCAAAUGCGCAUCAAAAGUCUCAUCGACGACAAGCAUCCCUGGUGGGCAGUGUGGCAAUGGGAUUGCUCUUCUCCCUUUUCUGCAUCUUUGGUUUGCUUAUUGUUGCCAUCGAAACCAAGAAAAGGCGAAAAAAGAAGGAUUCAGCCCUUGAUGUUUAUAUCGACAGUCGUAACCAAUCAGGCACUGUCAAUGGCUGGAAGCUACCUGGCACUAAGGAAGCGUUAAGCAUCAACCUUGCCACAUUUGAGAAGCCCCUUCAAAAGCUCACUUUUGCAGACCUUCUUGAGGCCACCAAUGGUUUCCAUGACAACAGCCUUAUAGGCUCUGGUGGUUUUGGUGAUGUAUACAAGGCCAAACUGAAAGAUGGCAGCAUUGUAGCCAUCAAGAAAUUGAUACAUAUCAGCGGACAGGGUGAUCGUGAAUUCACUGCUGAAAUGGAAACAAUAGGGAAGAUCAAACACCGAAACCUUGUUCCCCUCCUUGGGUACUGCAAAGUAGGAGAAGAACGGCUUUUGGUUUAUGAGUACAUGAAGUAUGGAAGUUUAGAUGAUGUUUUACAUGAGCCAAAGAAAGCUGGCAUCAAGCUGAACUGGGCUGCAAGGAGGAAAAUUGCGAUUGGGUCUGCGAGGGGACUGGCCUUUCUUCACCACAAUUGCAUCCCACACAUCAUUCAUAGGGACAUGAAAUCGAGCAACGUGCUGCUCGAUGAAAAUUUGGAAGCCAGAGUCUCCGAUUUUGGAAUGGCAAGGCUUAUGAGUGCAAUGGACACCCAUUUGAGCGUGAGCACUCUAGCAGGCACACCUGGUUAUGUCCCUCCUGAAUACUACCAGAGCUUCAGAUGUUCUACGAAAGGUGAUGUUUAUAGUUAUGGUGUAGUAUUGCUUGAGUUGCUGACAGGAAAGCGUCCUACAGAUUCAGCAGAUUUUGGUGACAAUAAUCUUGUGGGUUGGGUAAAACAACAUGCAAAAUUGAAAAUAAGUGAUGUUUUUGAUCCAGAGCUCAUGAAAGAGGACGAGAGCCUUGAGAUUGAGCUUUUACAGCAUUUAAAGGUAGCUUGUGCUUGUUUGGAGGAUAGGGCAUGGCGGCGUCCCACAAUGAUUCAAGUCAUGGCAAUGUUCAAGGAAAUCCAAACAGGGUCUGGGAUUGACUCUCAAUCAACCAUAGCCACUGAUGAUGGAGGUUUUGGUGCAGUUGAAAUGGUAGAGAUGAGCAUAAAAGAAGUCCCUGAAAGCAAGCAGUAGCCCCAAAAGCCAAGCCAAUUUUCAAGUGAAUUCUUUGGAAGAAAGAAGAAACAAGGUGGAGAUGAUACUUUCAGCUCCCCCAAUUUUUUUCCCUCUUCUUUACAACUUCAAAUGCUGUGAAGCUGCCUGUUUUGCUGUACCAUUUAAUGUAUGUAAUCUUGUUAUUUAUACAUAGAAGGUUGUUUUAACUUGUGAUAAAUGUGUAUAUAAACAGCUUCAGUUGUCAUGCUGCUUAAAUUUGGUUCUCAGUUUUUAUUUUGUUUCUUUUAUAAGAGAGCAUUUGGGUUCAGAUCAAAUCCUCCAAAAGAAGCUGUUGCAUCUCUCUGA